CUUUGAAACUAGGGUUUUCGGCAGAGGCCCUUUAACUUAAAAACCUUUCGUUUUCUCUUCACUCCUUUCCGUUCGUAUUCAGACGCGUUGCAGAGGGAACGGGAGCUGUGCAGAAAUGGUGAAUUACAAGUUCCAUCAGUAUCAGGUUGUAGGGAGAGCUCUUCCAUCUGAAUCAGAUGAGCAUCCCAAGAUUUAUCGUAUGAAGCUUUGGGCUACCAAUGAAGUUCGUGCUAAGUCCAAAUUCUGGUAUUUUUUGAGGAAACUUAAGAAGGUGAAGAAGAGCAAUGGGCAGAUGCUGGCUAUUAAUGAGAUCUUUGAGAAGUACCCAACAAAAAUCAAGAACUAUGGUAUUUGGCUCCGUUACCAAAGUAGAACAGGAUACCAUAACAUGUACAAGGAGUACCGUGACACCACAUUGAAUGGUGCUGUGGAGCAGAUGUACACUGAGAUGGCUUCUCGCCACAGAGUUCGCCAUCACUGCAUCCAGAUCAUCAAGACGGCCACCAUUCCAGCUAAGCUUUGCAAGAGGGAGAGCACAAAACAGUUCCAUGACUCCAAGAUCAAGUUCCCGUUGGUAUUGAAGAAAGUCAGGCCACCGAGUAGGAAACUCAAGACCACGUACAAGGCUACUAAGCCCAACUUGUUCAUGUAAAACAUGUUUAGUCAUGUGUGUUAAGAAAGCAAUUUCUAAAUUCUGCAAUUUUGGUGCAUUAGUUAUGUUGAAUUAGUUCGGAUCAAAUGAUGGUGGUUACUAGAAUAUUUUCAAUCAUGGUACUUUGCUUUUACUGUUUCAAGUCUGGGUAAUAUAUUUUUGUUGCCCUUUUGUA